AUGAGUAAAGAAAUUAGUGAAACAAAAUUAAAUUCAUUUAAUAGAGCUAAAGAACUUUUUAGCAGUUACGAUAAGUACAUUAUUAUGAAUAUAGAUAAAGUAACAUGCAAUCAAUUCAUGAAUGUUAAAACUAGUUUACCAAAUGAUACUAAAUUUUACUUUGGUAAGAAUAAAAUUGUAAAGAAAGCUUUAAAUGAAAUUAAUGAUGAUGGAAAAUUUGAUGAAACUAUUAGUUACAUUAAGAAUAAUGUUAUUAUCUGUUUCUAUGAGUUUGUUAAUUCAGCUAACAUUAUUUAUGAUAUUUGUAAAAAGUAUGCUAGAGACUCAUUUGCUAAGUCAAGUGAUAUUGCUAAUAAUGAUAUUGUUAUACCUGCUGGAAUAACUGAUAUUAAUGCUGCUAAUAUUAAUGUGUUCGUAUCUAAUAGAAUUAAUACUACUGUUGUUAAAGGUAAGAUUAAUAUUGCUAUAGAUCAUGUUCUUGUUAAAGAAGGUGCUUUAGUUGGUAUUGCUAAGUCUAAGUUACUUUCUUUGUUAAAUAUUUUGCCUUUUAAAUAUGGUUGUGACAUUUUGAGAGUAUUUGAAGACCGUCAAUCAUUUGAUAAAUCAUUGUUGGUGUUUACUAAGGAGGAUGGUAUUGAAGCAAUUAAAGAGGUUGUUAGUGAAGUUGCAUUUGCUUCUAUCGGUGCUAAAGUUUCUAAUAAAGCCACUGUUCCAUAUGAAAUUGCCAGUGUAUUUAAUGAGGUAAAUGCUUUAGCUUUAGCUGUUGGUCUCAAUAUUAAAUAA